UGUCUGAGCCUCCCCCGCUUCGGGUGCGCCCCGCAUGCUUAUCCUGUCCCGGAGCUGCGCAGGCACCCAGCCCUAGCUCCACAGCCGCUGUGAGAUGCUGCGCUCCACGUCCACUGUCACCCUGCUCUCAGGCGGCAGUGCCAAGCCGCCUGGGACGCCCAGUAGAAGGGCAAAUGUCUGCAGACUGCGGCUGACCGUGCCUCCUGAGAAUCCAGUGCCACAGCAAAAAGAAAAGAAGAUUGAGAGGAAAGAUCAGCCUCCAGAACUAAGCAAUGGAGAAUCUACCAAGAAGCUCCCUCAGGGUGUUGUCUACGGUGUGGUGCGAAGAUCAGAUCCCAAUCAGCAGAAGGAAAUGGUGGUGUAUGGCUGGUCCACCAAUCAGCUGAAAGAAGAGAUGAAUUACAUCAAGGAUGUGAGGGCCACAUUGGAGAAAGUGAGGAAGCGGAUGUACGGAGAUUAUGACGAGAUGAGACAGAAGAUCCGACAGCUCACCCAAGACCUGUCGGUCUCCCAUGCUCAGCAGGACUAUCUAGACAGUCACAUCCAAGCCCAGGCAUCGGCCCUGGAUAGCUUCAAUGCCAUGAACUCGGCGUUGGCAUUGGACUCUGUUGGCUUACAGAAAACCCUUGUGGAUGUGACUUUGGAAAACAGCAACAUCAAGGAUCAAAUCAGACAUUUGCAGCAAACCUACGAAGCGUCCAUGGACAAGCUGAGAGAGAAGCAGAGGCAGCUGGAGGCUGCUCAAAUGGAAAACCAGCUACUGAAGAUGAGGGUGGAGUCGUCCCAAGAAGCCAAUGCUGAGGUGAUGCGGGAGAUGACGAGAAAGCUGUACAGUCAGUAUGAAGAGAAGCUGCAGGAAGCACAGCGCAAGCACAGCGCGGAGAAGGAGGUCCUCCUGGAAGAAACCAAUAGCUUCCUGAAGGCGAUCGAAGAGGCCAAUAAAAAGAUGGAGGCAGCCGAGCUGAGCCUGGAGGAGAAGGACCAGAGGAUCGGGGAGCUGGACCGGCUGAUCGAACGCAUGGAGAAGGAACGGCAUCAACUCCAGCUCCAGCUCCUUGAGCACGAGACAGAAAUGUCGGGGGAGAUGCCGGAUUUUGACAAGAACAGGUACCAGCAGUUGGAGGAGGCAUCAGCCAGCCUCCGAGAGAGGAUCAGACACCUGGAUGACAUGGUGCAUUGCCAGCAGAAGAAAGUCAAGCAGAUGGUUGAGGAGAUUGAAUCGUUAAAGAAAAAAGUGCAACAGAAGCAGCUCCUGAUACUGCAGCUUUUAGAAAAAAUCUCUUUCCUGGAAGGAGAGAAUAACGAACUACAAAGCAGGUUGGACUAUUUGACAGAAACCCAGCCCAAGACUGAAGUGGAAACGAGAGAAAUUGGAGUGGGCUGUGAUCUUCUACCCAGAAAAUUCAUUUGCAAAUUGCCCGACAAAGGUAAAAAGAUCUCAGACACCACUGCCAAACUGAAAGCUGCCAUUUCAGAAAGUGAAGAGGUCAGAGGGAGAACUGAACUAUUUCAUCCUGUUAGUGUUGACUGUAAGCUAAGGCAUAAAGCAACCACAAGAGUUGAUACCGACAUAGACAAGGCCCAGAAUUCUGACCUGAUGCUUGAUACUUCAUCAUUAGUUCCUGAAUGUUCGUCAGUAGACAUUGAAUCAUCUAAAACAACCUCAGAAACACAGGGACCUACACAGCUCACUCACAAAGGCAAUGAAGAGACUUUGGAGACUGGCUGCACAGUGAAUACCAGCCCGUCUGUCCGCAUCACAGCCCAGGCUCCAUCUGAAGUUAAUGAACAUCUCCCCCAGCAUUCAAGUCAAGCGGAAGAGAUUUCCAGCAGCGUCGACAGUCUGUUUAUCACUAAAUUGCAAAAGAUCACAACUGCAGACCAGACUGAACCCUCAGAAGAAAACACCAGCACUGAGAACUUUCCAGGACUGCAGAGUGAGACUCCUAAGAAGCCUCAUUACAUGACAGUGCUAGAAAUGCGAGCUAGAAACCCAGUGCCCCCUCCUCAUAAGUUUAAGACCAAUGUGUUACCCACACAACAGAGUGACUCACCAAGUCAUUGUCAGAGGGCUCAGUCUCCUGCUUCCUCAGAAGAGCAGCGACGCAGGGCUAGGCAGCAUCUUGAUGAUGUCACAGCAGCUCGCCUUCUUCUGCUCCACCCCCUGCCUGCACAGCUGCUCUCCAUAGAAGAGUCGCUGGCUCUGCAGAAAGAGCAGAAGCAGAAUUAUGAGGAGAUGCAGGCGAAGCUCGCAGCACAGAAACUAGCCGAGAGACUGAAUAUUACAAUGCAGAGCUACAAUCCAGAAGGGGAGUCUUCAGGGAGAUACCGAGAAGUGAGGGAUGAAGAUGAUGCCCAGUCCUCGGACGAAUGCUGAAAAUGAGCGCUGGGAGAUCCCGGGAGUUGACUGUUGAGCUUACAUUGUCUCAUCGAACUUCCUAACAAGUACCAAGACAGUGUCAGACCUUGUUGAGGGACAGCAGUUUAAGUUACACAAAGGUAGCUACAAAAUAAGAACCCAGUUUGUCUUUCAGAAGAUGAUCUUCACAUGCUUGAACAGUUCAAUAUUUGAACAUUGUGUUUGGCCGUAUUGUGUUACAGUUUUGCAGUAUAUUGUGCAUUGGUCUGAUAUUUUAGUGUGAGUAGAACACACGUUUUCUUUAAGAUAUCUGCUUUUUCCUUCUUCGUAUUCUUAUCAGAUAGCACUGCUUACACCCCUUCUGGUGAAAUACUUUGUUAUCCCAGGCACCUAAAGUGAAUUAGGAAGGCCUGGUCCCCUCACUCGAGAAAUGAGGGGAGCAGUCUAAAGAAUGGUACGCAUGCUUGCAUGGACACGUUCCUGAGACGCUGGAUGUGAAAUGCCGCACACAACACUCGGAACCACAACCACUGUGUCUGCUGCUCUGUCCUCUCUUGGGGCGACUGCUGUCACCUGUGAUGAGGUUAAGGAGCACUUGGAAGAAGUGCUGGGUGGGGAGGGUCUUCUGAGCCGGUGUGGGGAGCUGCUCCUGGCUGCCCUAGGCUUGAACUCAUUGCCAUCUGGGAUGAUAGGUCCCUGUACAGGACACUCGUGCUUGGUAAGGAAACCGGUGUUUUUCUAAGAGUUACAGUUGAAUUGUCAGUAUAUUGCUUUUUUUCCUUGUUAAACCCACAGAGGUGUUUACAGGCUGCAGAAACCUCAGUCCUGUAUGUGCACAUUUGUGCUGUUUAAAAUGAUUAUAUGAUCAUUUUCAGCAAAGAUAACAAUGUUAUCAAAAAGCCUUUGUCUAUUAUGUGGAACUUGUAAAGGAGAAAUAAAAUACCAAUCAGAGCAACUCCACAUGCUAAUGGUGA